AACUAAUAUAUAACCAUAGCUCCAGGUCUCUAGGUAGCCCAGAUGGCCCCUCAAAGGCUGUCCUCCCCUGUAAUGGCCGCAAUGUUUUUUUGUGCAGAGGAGGAGCAGAGAGUCGUGGGCGAGGGAGGAGUACGCACGUGCAUUGGGCAAGGGAUUAUAAUUGUCUAUGGAGUUGGUAAGGAUGGCCAGCAAAGAUGGAGCAGCUGGGGAUCAUGAGGAGUCUGGGGUGGAGGUGCGGAUUAUUGGGGAUCCUAUUGGAAAAGGACUAUUUGCUACUCAAGACUUCAAAGCUGGGGACGUUAUAUUUGAAGAACGGCCGCUGGUGUCAUGUCAGUUUCUGUGGAAUGCUGCAUAUGGCUACCUAGCCUGUGAUUUCUGUCUAAGGCCCUUGGAAACUGCAGAGGAAAAUGCUUGUCGGCUAACCCAGAAUUCUCAACUCUCACUGCCCUUCCCAGAAUGCUGUGAUACCAAGAAAGAUUCCUUCAUUGAAUGCCCAUAUUGUGAUGUGUCAUACUGUAGCAGAGAAUGUAGAAGCAGUGCUUGGAGCCAGUACCACGAGACACUGUGCUUACACUCCUAUAUGCCAGAUCCUUCCCACCCCCUAGUAAUGCUACAGGAAGCUUGGAAACAGAUGCACUACCCUCCAGAAACAGCGUGCAUUAUGCUACUUGCACGAAUUAUUGCAACAGUCCGACAGGCUUCUGACAAAGAGGGAGCCACUGCUUUAUUUAUGCAGUUUUGCCAUCGCACAGUUAAUGAAGAAGAGGAGAUAGCUCAUAAACUCCUUGGUGCAGAAUUCCAAGACCAACUGGAAGCACUACGAGCUCUAAUGGAGAAAAGUAUAUGGGCUCCUGAAAUACAACAUUGGUUGACACCAGAGGGCUUCAGGUCUCUGGUUGCACUGGUGGGCACAAAUGGGCAAGGCAUUGGCACCAGCCCGUUGAGUCGAUGGGUCCGCAACUGUGAUAACUUGGAAGUACCUGAUGAAGAAAGGAAGAAAUUAAAUGAUUUGAUUGAUGAUGUGUAUGAGCAGCUAGAGAAAGAGGCUGGGGGUUUUCUCAACAAUGAAGGAUCAGGAUUGUACCCGCUUCAGAGUUCCUGCAACCACAGCUGUAAUCCCAAUGCCAUGCCAACCUUUCCAUACAACAACUUCCACCUAGUAAUGACUGCUGUGAGGGACAUUUCUGCAGGAGACGAGAUCUGUGUCAGCUAUCUAGAUGAGUGCAACCUCAAUCGGAGCAGACAUUCUCGGAUUGCUAUUCUCAGGGAAAAUUACCUGUUCACAUGCAAAUGCAGCAAGUGUGUAGAACAGGCGGGGGAACCGGACGUCACCAGCGAGGAGGAGAUGGACGAAGAUGAAAAUGAAGGCAUAGAAGAUUAAUUGAGGAAAUCUUAGGAGGCAGCCUGUACCUGGCUUAUGGACCAGCCAGAGUAGUGAAACUAGUCUGAUGGAUAAGAGAUUGAUCCAGAGCUUUGCCCAGUAGUAAAUGAGAGUUACCAAUGUAUGCUUGCAGACCAAAUAAAGGUGAUAGUUAUU